AUGUUCGACUCUUCAAACAUCGUCCCAAUCGAAGGAAAAGAAGAAGAACUCGCCCAAUUGAUCGAAAACGACAUUACGAGUAAUUUGACUAACAAGCUGGAAAGAUUCGACACUCGUUGGGAGCCGAACUACCGAGGAAUGCCAAUGGAGCCCCAAGGAAUCGACGAAAACAUCGAAUUUUUCAUCCCCGUCCUGAAAGAACUCGAACAAGUGCUCUGGAAAUACGGAAUCAAAAUGAGCAUCACGCGCGACGAGAUUCUGUACAACAAAGUGACGCUUUAUUUGCUGGCUCCACCAAUUUCGAGCAAAAGCAGAAAAGUGGCGAUAAGAACGUUUCGGAUCAGCAAACGAUCUCCGCAUCUUGAUUUGCUCCGAGAAAUCAAAAAGAUUGGAAUCCCGAUUUCCCAAAAGUGGCUCCCCAAAAUGAACGAACUUGAACAUAUCGACAUGGAAAUGGCCAAUAAUUAUUAUACUAAGGAACGGAGGAUUCAGAUUGUGGAUUAA